GUCACUGUUUGACUUUCACCUCGUCACAGCUCCAGCGGGGAGCUCCUGUCUCUCGUUCGCAACCCUUUUAUGGUUUCACUCGAUUCACCUCAACUUCCUUUCAGUUCGACGAGGGGUCCAGAGAAAGGAGAGCAGGCCAGUCUUUAGGCUGAGGAGCGGACAAAAACUAAAGUUGAGAGGAUGUGUUGUACGGGAAAGUGCGCCCGGCUGGUGGGCCUGAUACUGCUGCCGUCGGCCUUCAUCUGCAUGAUCUCCAACCUGCUGCUCUUCUUUCCCAACGGCGAGAGCCUGGAAACGAACCAAAUUUCCACGCAGGUCUGGCUCAUGGGAGGGCUCAUCGGGGGAGGCCUCUUUAUGCUGUGCCCGAGCUGUUCGGCUAUCAGGGCCGGGGGCAAGGGUUGUUGUGGGAAAGGCUGCUGUGGUAAUCGCUGCAGGAUGCUGAACUCAGUCUUGUCGUCUGCCUUCGGUCUCAUCGGGGGGAUCUACUGCACCAGCGUGGCCUCGGCCGGGAUGGCGAUAGGACCUAAGUGCUUGGUUAAUGGAGAAUGGGAGUAUCCCUUUGAGAACACUGGCAGUGGGAACGGCAGCUACCUUGUAAACCAGACCAUGUGGACAAUCUGCGAGCGGCCUAAAGAUAUAGUACUGUGGCACGUCGUGCUGUUCUCCAUACUGCUGGGAAUGGGCGUGCUGCAGAUUGUGCUCUGUGGCAUCCAGGUGGUCAACGGCUGCAUAGGAUGCAUCUGCGGCGACUGUCGGGACAGCAACGAUAGUGACAGCGGUCUGUGAAGGUGAGGAAGACAAUCCUGCUGAGACCGUCCGUCAUCAGGAGAGAAACGCCCCUGGGAAUGCUCUGAUAACGCUGGGAAUAAAUGUGCUCAGAUUUCUCUGCUGACGCCCUUUGAUGAUCGUCUGUCCUUUUUUUUUUUUUGAUUGUUUCGUUUUGCAGAAAAUGUUCUGCCUUUACUCCAUUUUGUAAGUUUUGUUUUUCGUGGCCUUUCAGCGCCUCGUAUGCAUCGGUGGUUUGGUGGAAGAUCAUUACUGAACUCAAUAAAGACUCCACAUGUUAGAAUCAAA